AUGGCAGCAGCAGUCAAAUGGGGGACAUCAAACAGAACAAUCUGGAAACAUUUAUUUCCAGUUCAAAAUGGAGCUUUAUCUGGUGUCUGUCAUUAUUCUACAUAUUCUUCUCUUCCAGAGGACUACAACUGCAAGGUAGAGCUGGCUUUGACAUCUGAUGGCAGGACAAUAGUGUGCUACCACCCUUCUGUGGACAUCCCCUGUGAACACACCAAACCUAUCCCUCAACCAGAUAUUUUGCAUAAUAAUGAAGAAACAUACGAACAAGUGCUGAAAACCAAAUUAGAAGAAAAAAACAAACAACUUGAGCAAGGACCCAUGUUAGAACAGCUCAGCAAGGUGUUCUUCACCACAAAGCAUCACUGGUACCCACACAGACAGUAUCACAGGCACCAUAAGAAAUUGGAUCAGCCCAAAGACAGGUGA